GUUAUGUGCAACUCGCAUUGUGCUCCGGUCAGAAAACUUGCUUUCUUUUUUCUACAAUAGGUACAGGCAACAGACAGAUAAAUACUUUUCUUCGCAUUUCUGUACUUUGUCAUUUGAAUAUUCAUAACGAGUUUCCAGUUAUGACUCGUCGCCAAUCUCUUAAUAAGAACGCCUUAAGUGUACUCAUUGGCAAAGAAAUAUAAGCAGGCUAGAGAUUUCUUUUCUGUGUGUAAAGCUAAAGGCUACUGCUAGGAUCGACAACCUUUCUCAUCAAUGGCAACCAGCCAUGCAGGAGUCAUGACAUAAAGCAAACAGCCUCGUCUUUCUGCCAGUAAACGCGUUUGAGUAUCCUCUUUCUGUCGAUCAUUCAUCUCGACAAAAUGAAUUUCUUGCGUAAUCGUCUGGUUGUUCCGGGUCUGGUGCUGUUGGCCACGAUACUGCUGUACCUGCUGCUGCCAUCCAUUCGCCAGGGCAGCAUGGAGCCAUCUUUUGAAGCACAAAGAAUGGGACUCUUAAACACCCCGCCACCUCCACUCUUAACUAGCAACGUGUCCAUUCGUACAGGUCAGCUGCCUGGAGACCCCCCACUGUUUUUCAGGGAGGCUUUACCUAUUGAUGGAGCUGGCCGACAGAUUUUACCAAGGCUGCAAGUGGUUCUGCUGCAUGGCCAGGCCUUCACAUCCAAAACCUGGGAAGAACUGGGUACAAUGGCUCUGCUGGCAACUAAUGGUUAUCAGGCCUUAGCAAUGGACCUGCCAGGGUACGGAAAAUCCCCCGACUCAGAAGCGCUGAAGACCGACCAGAAUAGAGUGGACCUUCUUUCCAGGUUCAUGGAGUCCUUGGGCGUUAGGGCAGCUGUGCUGUUGAGCCCCUCUAUGAGUGGGCAUUACUCUAUCCCCUUUCUCAUGAAGAACAGUGCUGAGCUACAUGGCUUCAUUCCCAUUGCACCAGUGGGUACUCGAAGUUACACUCCGCAGCAGUACCAAAAUAUUCAGACUCCCACUCUCAUUGUGUUUGGAGCCCUGGACACAAAUCUGGGUGCCCAGUCUCACAAGAACCUCAUACAACUUCCUCACCACACUGUGCUCAAGUUAGAGGGAGCGCGGCAUGCAUGCUACAUGGACAAACCCAGGGAGUUUCAUCAGGGAUUGAUCGACUUCCUUAGCAAACUCAAAUGAGAUGAACAGCAGAGGAGGCAGAAAAAAUAAAAAGAAGGAAACAGUGGCUUGUUACCCAAUAAUACAAGACUAGAUCAUCUCAGCUUGUUUAGAAAUAGCUACAGCCUAAUCAAAUGUGUUUUGUUUCAUGUGUUUUACGUCUCUUGUUGCAUGUAAAAAAGUAGAAUGUGUUUUCUUCAGUGUUGCCACUUUUGUAGGUGACAUGUAUGUAGUGUAAAUAUGUAAAUGUAGCAGGGUCUGGGUUGAAAUGACUUCGCGACUUUGCUUCACAUUUCACAGAUUCCUCUUCUGCUAAAUAUUCCAGCUAGGAAAUACAUGCUUCACUAAAGUAAUAAGAAUUGAUACACAGUGUAAAAAAUACACUAUAUAAAAUACAAAAAAUUACCUCACAUUUAUUUGUAUAACACUAACGUUAUAUGUAUAUAUGUAUUGGAAACAUGUUGGGACAAUCAUGCAAAAAGAAAACAUUUAAAAUGUGAGCAUAGCUUGACAUUAUAAAAUGGGAGUUUGUAUGUUUUAGAUGUCAUGGGACUAAAAUCCUCAUGCAGUUUGUUCAUUUCCUUUUAAAAGUUUAGUGGACUGAUGUUUCUUUUGUUAUUUGCUGAAAACGGUUUAAAAUGAGAGCUACUGGCAGUUGUUGACACUGUUGCAUUUAUGUAUUUUUGUUUGUUUGUUUUGCAAGUUGCACAUUUGGGAUUCAAGAUUUUACCAACUAAACAUAAGUCCUUAAAAUAUGAUGACGAACUGGUACAGAUCUAAGUAUCCUACACUAUGUAUAUUACCUCCAUGUUGAGAAUGACACUGAAAUGCUGCUUAUAUACAGGAUUAGUGUAUACUAAAUUAUACAUUAUAUUAAAACUCACAAUGAGCAAAUAUUUUAAAAACACUUAAUGUGUGUCCUUUCCCUUUCAGAGAAGCAGUACUUCCUUAUUUGAUAAGGUGAAGCAACAGAUCAGCUGCUGAAGUACAACUCUGGCUAUGCCCAUGUUGUCUGUUGUAAAGAUCAAGUUACACCUGACAGUUUGUUGCUUAUUUUGCUUAUUGAACUGAUGGGCAAAAUAAAUAAAAAUAAACAAGUGGUAGAAAUACACUCUA